UCCGGAGGAAACAUGGCUGCCUGCUGUCCACCGAAUGUAUUGUUGUUUACAUAUCAUGCGCUAGCUUGUUUAAGACAAACAGCUGAGAGACAUUGGUCUUCGAAAAGUCAUUGAGUUGUUCAGGUUCUGAGGAAAUCCUUAACGUUUAGGUAAACACGUUUUCUGUUGCGGACAGCCCAGGCAUUUUUCGCUGAGCUGUCAUCCCAAAAGCGAAAGAAAAGAGUCGUGAAAUUCGUAAAAUUGUCGUUACGCCUCAGGUAUUUUGGUUUUCUGUGAUUGGGGUCGCUAUGUUUAGUCCCGUGAAGGCUUCUUAUUUCAGAGUUAGCCCGGCCAUUGUGAACAGAGAGCUCGGCAAGACCAAGAUGAGAUAGCAAGAAGAAACGUCGUGGUGCGAAUAUUUACAACAGGGAAAAACAGAUACAGCGGUCCAAACGCCAUGUUUGGGAAUCUAUUUGAGGACGACGAGGAGGAAAGUUCCUCUUCGAGAACCAGCAAAAGCAGAGUGUCGAAGGGUGUCGAGGAGCCGCCGCCACCCCGGGGAAGAAGCAACCUGUGCGGCAUCAAGAACCAGGGAGGGACCUGCUACCUGAACUCGCUUCUUCAGACACUGCUGUUCACCCCGGAGUUCAGAGAGGAGCUGUUCAGGCUGGUUCCAGAUGAGCUGGGGUGCCUCGACGAUAAAGACAAACCAGGGGCCAAAGUUCGGGUCAUACCUCUGGAACUGCAGAGACUCUUCACUCGUCUACUACUGGUGGACCAGCAGAGCGCCUCCACGUCGGACCUCACAGAGAGCUUUGGCUGGAACAGCAGCGAGGGAACAAAUCAACAUGACGUGCAGGAGCUCAACAGGAUCCUCUUCAGCGCUCUAGAGCACUCCCUUGUGGGCACCAGUGGUAGUUCCUUCAUCCACAGACUGUACCAUGGUACCAUCGUCAACAGCAUUGAGUGCAAGGAGUGUGGAAACGUGAGCCAGAGACAGGAGGACUUCAUGGAUCUGACGGUGUGUGUCUGUGGAGUGUCCAGUCUGGAGGAGGCUUUGUGGAACAUGUUUGUCGAGGAAGAAUUGUUCGAUGGCAAUAACCUUUAUCGCUGCACCCAGUGUGACAGACUGGUCACUGCUGCCAAGUCUGCCAAGCUGAGCAAGCUGCCUCCAUUUCUCACCAUAUCCCUGCUGAGGUUCAGCUUUGACUUUUCCAAAUGUGAGCGAUAUAAGGAGACCGGGCGCUACAGCUUCCCUCUCACCAUCAACCUGCGCCCCUUUUGUGAGCAGACGGAUGACGAUGACUCGGAUUACUCCUACGAGCUGUUCUCCGUGAUCAUCCACAAGGGAGGCUGCUAUGGCGGCCACUACCACGCCUACAUCAGGGACAUCGAUCAGCUCGGGAACUGGGAGCCGCCGGAGGAGGACUGUAAACAGAAGACACACACGAAAGUGGUCCAAACUACUUCUGAGCCCACACUGAAGGAGGACGACCCUCUUUCAGUGCUCACUACCAUUAUCGCUCAGGAGCCAUUAAAGAGUGUUCUGUUGGACCAACUGGGUCAAAAACUCCAGGAUAAGAUCGGGUCGUCGUGGAGCAAGAAGUUCAGGAAACAGUACGGCCCCAUCGGCAAGUUCCUGCAGCUGCACAAAGAUGUUUUCAUGUUGGUGUCUAAUGGCACCCGUGUUGCACUGAAGACCAACCCCACCACCACACAGGACCAGUCCCCCAGCCCGACCACAGAAGCCACUGCAGCAGCUGCUGAAGAGCAACCGGCAAGACUUCCUGAGCCAGAACCAGAGGGUCACCACUGGUUCGACCUCAAUGACUCCACGGUGACCCCCAUCAGAGAGUCUGACAUCGAGAAGCAGUUCCAGGGCAAAGAGAGCGCCUACAUGCUCUUCUUCAGAAAGACGCAGCUCAGCAGACCCAGCGAAGCUCUUGGCUGUCCUCAAUACAAAGUUCCGGAUCACCUCGUCCAGUUGGCUCGAGAGGAGAACGUCAAGCUGCAGAAGACGCGUGAGGAUGUGGAAACCAGUAACAACACUAUAGAUCUGCAUCUGCACCUGGGGCCGUCGUACCGGCUGACAAAUGGGGCCCUGCAGCCGCUGGCUGACGAUCCCGGCGGAUCCACUUCUCUCAGCUUUGAUCGGAGAAAAACUGUUGGAGAGCUGAGGCUGGCCAUUUAUCAGCAACAGGAACUGUGGGAAGGGGACAUGGUUCUUACUGUGGCCCGAAACCUUCCAGCAGGUCUUCACCUCUACAACACUCUCACAGAUGACAACAUCUCUUUGUACGCAGCUGGAAUCUUCAGCAACUCUGAUCUGUUUGUUUGGAACGGUCGAGAGGUUUGUGGGGCCGGGGUUUUGACUGGGGACCAGUGGGAGCCGCUGCUGCUCACUGUGGUUCGCCCCUUUCUGGGUGAGGAUCUGGAACCAGAGAACAAUGUCGGUAGUGGGGAUGGUGGAGGUGCAGUUGAAAAUGGGGUUCCUGGCUUGAUGAAGGAAGCGAGGGGCUUUGCUGGGGGCGCCACUCUGGGUGAAGUGAGGGAAGCACUCGGGGAGCCAGAGGAGAGUCUAAUAUGUCAGGAGCAUAAAGCGAGAGGGGAUCAGGGUGCAGGAGGAGAAGGAGGAGGAGCCAGCGGCUGGAGAAUAUUCCCCCCGGAUGACAUGCAGCGGACACUGAAAGAGCUGUCCCUGAAAGAUGGAGAUGCUCUGCUGGUGCUGGAGCCGCACUCGUUCGACAGCAGCGUGUUCUCCAUCAACGGCGACGUGGUCACCGUGACAACGCCAUCUGACUGUCGCUGGCUCCAGGUGGACUUCACGCCCACAGCAGGAGAGACAGCAGAUGAGAAGAGGAGAAUCAAAGUUGCGGCCACUGGCAGCAUGUUGCUGUCUGAGGUGAAGCUGAGGGCAGUUGAGGAGCUUCAGUCGCAGCAGCGACAGCAGCUUCCAGGUGCAGAGCUCUGUUUGAGGCAGGUGGACUGCACCGGGAAACUCCUUCCUCCAGUGUGUGAGGAGCUGAGUGUUCGGGAGGCAGGCGUGCGGCUCAUGACCACACUCACUCUCUGUGCUGGUGUUGCCCCCAAGGCGUCACAGCUUUUCUUGAACUACUGUGUGGGAACAGCGUCCUCUGCUGACGUGGAGAUGAACAUCGUUGUGGAGAAGGCCUGCACUGUCAAAGAAUGUUUGAAGUUGAUGUUGGACAGUGUUGGACUUGAAGGCUCCUGUUGGCACUUGAGGAGGCUCGACUGGUGUGAGGAAGUGGGCGAGCCGCUGAUGGACGAGGAUUCUUCUCUGGUGGAGCUAAAGGUGCAAAGUGGAGAUACCCUGGUCAUCACAGAAGGACAGCUUCCUCCAAAAGGGUUCCUGCAGCUGACUGUGUGGCUGCACCGCAGUGACCCGGGGUCACCACUGGAAACACACCCCACUGACAACGGCCCCGCCGGGGAAAGUGUAGUUCUGCCCGGCCACAACAAGGUGGCGCUGAGCCGGCUAGGACAAGUGGAGCUCUCGGAUGAAGUGAGCCUGGAGGAUCUCAAGAUUCACGUGUCGACUCUUCCGGCUCUUCAGGACGUGUGUGUUCCAACCCCUGGGUUCAUGCGCGUGUGGCAGCUGGAGGGGCGCCGGCUGGCUCGCAUCCUCCGGGGGGCGCACCUCACUCUCAGGAAGCUGAAGCUCUCCUCCGGCUCUGAGGUCUGUGUGCAGCACCUUCUGAAGGAGGAGAAUCUGGGGCCCAAGGAGGUCUUGCUGAGCGCUGCCAUGGGAGUUCCAGGAGAGAGGAGUUACUACCCUUCUGAGGAGCUGGUGUGGGACGCUUCCAGAGAUGCCUCCGCUCGCUCGCUGCGCGCCUGCCUGGCGGCGCACUACGGUCUGGCUCCAGACUCUCUGCUGCUGGCCAAACACCAGCCUGACCGACACAGCUGGGAGGAAAUCAGCAGCUGGAAUCAGCAAGUGUCUUCAAAGAAAAAGAAGAAGAAGGCGGAGUCGCUGCUUUCAGCCCCGUUUCACUUGAAAGACGGUGAUGUCAUCGGCAUCAAGAACCUGGGCGUCGACACCAACCGAGACUUCAGCACGGUGCAGGACGACUGGGGUCAGCAGCGGUUGCGAGAGCUGGCGGAGCAGCGGAGGAAAGGCUGCGACUCGGCCGACGGAGACGGCGCUCAGAAGAAAACUGCCAAGUGCAGGAAGCCAGAAGUGGGUCUGUCCAUCAGCGUGGCCCAGUUUAGAUAGCACAUCCCACUGUAACCACAAUCUGCUGGGCCUCUGGAUGAUGUGCUUUAACUCUAAUUCUCUUGGAAGAUGGUCAUUUCAAUGCAGUAUUACUACGUACUACAUACUUGCCUGCUUCAUUUGGCUUUCUAGAGCAGAUGCCUGCGGUGAAAUCUCUCUGAUGACGUGGUAUAAAAUAUGUUUUGAGACAAUCAGGGAUGAUUUCUGACAAAGAGUAAACACACACCCUCUGCAUUCUACCUCCUCCUCGCUCCAGAAUGGUUCACUCACAACCACAAGUGGAAUCAGAAAACUGCUAUUCUCUGUAUUCGGAUCCGGUUCGAUUCGAUCGAAUCCCGUCGAGAUACAGAAAAUAAUCGGACUUGUCAGUAGUUGAUCCAGUUUUUUCUUUUCUUUUUCAAUAUGAUUAUGGACUGGCUUUUUGUCUUAAUCUGGCCUUAAUCGGUGCCAAUCUGUUUAUUUUCUAAUGGAUUUUUAAAAGUCCCGGCUCAUGAAAACAUUGUUUCUGGGUGUCUCUUGUUUAGUAACUUAUUAUCAAUAAAGCUCUGC